UCCUUUUGCAAACGAAACAUUCUUUGCAGCUUUGCAGCAGCAGUAGGCCGCUUCUGCAAGCGUUGUCCGGAAUCCGAGUCCUCGAGAUUUGUGGUGUGGGGAUUCGGAUCUCCGAGUUUUAUUCACGCCACUCCAUUUUGUUGCAGUCCACAAUACAGUCAGGAAGGUGUAUCUGUCGUGGAACGUAAUUUAGAAUGUCGAUCACUCGUCGCAGGGUGCAUGCAGUGACGACUGUCUGCAUCGCUUUCCUCCUGGUCUCGGCGGUCCUCACGAAGGCUGACGGACGAGGCGAUCGCAACCGUGACUCGAAUGAUAGUCGCGACCGAGGACGGAAUGGAAGAGGCGGUUGGGGGGGUCGCAGUCCCUGGAGAGGUGGUCGCACUCCACCGAGCCCUCCUCCUCCAAUCAGAGCUCCAGCAAGCCCUACUCCUCCAAUCAGAGCUCCAGCAAGUCCUCCUCCUCCAAUCAGAGCUCCAGCGAGUCCUCCUCCAGCUGCGACCCCGCCACCAGCCAGUCCUCCUCCGCCUCCCCCUCCUGCAGUGAACGAUCCCGUGAGCUUCUACAGCUCGGCCUGUCCCGCUGCCAGGAAUCUGGUCGCAUCCACCGUCCAGUCGGCGGUCCAGAACGAUCGAGGGCUUCCUGCUGCUCUUCUCCGCAUGCAGUUCCACGACUGCUUCGUCAGGGGCUGCGACGCUUCUAUUCUUCUGGACUCGACCCAGUCUAGCCUUGCAGAGAAGGAUGGUGUGGGCAAUGCAUUUUCUGUCAGAGGAUACGAGGUUAUCGACGCUGUGAAAUCUGCUGUUGAGAAUGUCUGCCCCGGCGUCGUGUCCUGCGCUGACAUUGUGGCCCUGGCUACGCGAGAUGCUAUCGUUUCGAUCGGAGGUCCCUCGUGGAAGGUAGUCUCCGGUCGAAGGGAUGGACUGGUGUCUCUUGCAACCGAGACCCCGAGCAACUUGCCACCACCUAAUGCCGACUACGCUUUCCUCGUCAAUCGAUUCACCAGGAAGGGACUGACAGAAAAGGAAAUGGUUGUUCUCUCAGGAGCUCACACCAUUGGAGUUACCCACUGUGGCAUGAUCGCGGGACGCCUGUACAACAAUACGGGACCCAAUGGAGUGGACCCAACUCUAGAUCCAACUUAUGGCGCUGCGCUGCAACAGCAAUGCCCUUUCGGCCAAAACGUCAUGACCGAAGUCGAGCUGGAUCCAACCAACGGAGGCAACGCGUUCGACAGCGUGUACUACACAAACAUUCAAGACAAGAAAGUGCUUUUCAGUUCAGAUGCUACUCUAAUCACAACGGCCGCAGGAAGGAGCCUUGUUCAAGCUGAGGCUACUGGAAGCACCGUGCCCUUUUUUGCCGAUUUUGCUGCUGCCAUGGAGAACAUGAUCAACAUCCAAGUUCUGAGGGCACCUGCAGGAGAGAUCCGCCAAAACUGUAGAUUUAGAAACUAGUUUGUUCGCAUGAUACCUCCAGAUCGGGAUGCUUCAUCAGAUAUUUUAUAAAUCUUAUAGCGAUUAGUUAGGAAUUCAUUCAAUCACACCAUUCUUUGAGAGCCUACAGGCAAACCUGCGAGGCUCUCAUUUUCCGACCUUACUUAGAUCGACAUAAUUGAUCGUCAUCGUUACAGUUCAGCCCGAUGAUUAAAGGGACGAGAAUAAAAACCAAAGGCACUGUUUUUCUUGAAACUGCUGGCUGAUCCUUGUUAUUGUUUUAUCUGAAGCGAGAAUGUUCUCCCAUCAGAAUUACGGCCGACUGACAGUCUGAAAUUUCAGCUUGAUCUAACUAGUGCUUCAGAUGGCUUCACUUGUUCUAAAGGUAGCGUCACGUUUUUACACCACGAUAGGUCUAGAUGCAUCCC